AUGACCAGUCUCCUCAGCGACACAACCACCUAUGAAACCUUAAGGCGGGACCCCACCAGUUGUUACAAAAAGAAAGUUGUUAGCUGCCUGCAACAACUAGAAAAGGACCAAGCCAUCAACCAAUCUCUGUACUACAGAUUGUACCCUGGGGAAGCCGUUCCUCUCAUAUACGGACUCCCCAAGAUUCACAAGGAAGGAGCUCCACUCAGACCUAUCAUCAGCAGUAUAAACUCUGUCACCUAUAACAUUGCCAAACACCUAGCCACCAUCCUGGCUCCUCUUGUUGGGAAUACGCUACAUCACGUCAAGAACUCCCAAGAUUUUGCUACUAAAGUUGCAGACCUCAAACUAGACUUAGAUGAAACCAUGGUUUCUUACGACGUCACUUCUCUUUUCACCUGCAUUCCCACCACAGAAGCAGUCGAAUCAGUUAGAAAGCGACUCCUUCAAGACAACACCUUACUGGAUAGAACUAACCUCACCACGGACCAGAUUUGCACCCUGCUUGACCUCUGCCUGACUACCACUUAUUUCCAGUUUAAUGAAAGUUUCUACAGACAGAAGCAUGGAUGCACCAUGGGCUCACCGGUGUCCCCUAUUGUGGCCAAUCUUUACAUGGAGGAAGUGGAACAUAAAGCUUUGACCACUUUUUCAGGAGUUGCUCCCAGCCACUGGUUCAGAUAUGUGGAUGACACCUGGGUUAAAAUCAAAACCCAUGAAGUGGAAGCCUUCUCUAAGCAUAUCAAUGCAGUGGAUAUCAACAUCAAUUUCACUCGGGAGGACGUCAGUGGGAAUAAUCUAGCCUUCUUGGAUUGUGAUGUACACAAUAGACAAGACAGAAGCCUUAGCAUCGAAGUCUACCGGAAACCCCCCCACACAGACCAGUACCUACUCUUCAACUCUCACCACCCAUUGGAACACAAAUUGGGGGUCAUUAGGACCUUGCAACACAGGGCUCAGAACAUCCCUACAACGGUAGAGGGAAAAGAGAAGGAGCAGAAUCACAUCAAGAAAGCACUUCAGAACUGUGGGUAUCCCAACUGGUCUUUCUUCAAGAGCAGAAAAAGGAACAUAAUGGACAAGGAGGAUAACAGGAACAAAUGCAAGAACAUUGUCAUUCCCUACAUUUCUGGUCUAUCUGAGAAACUCAGGAGGAUCUUCUACAAACACAACAUUCCGGUACAUUUCAGACCCAGUAACACCCUGAAGCAGAAACUGGUCCACCCUAAGGACAGAAUAGCCAGGCACAAACAGGACAAUGUAGUGUAUGCAAUUCAGUGCAGUGAGGAAUGCACGGACUCGUAUAUUGGGGAAACAAAACAACCGCUUCACAGGCGUAUGGCUCAACACAGGAGAGCCAGGUCCUCAGGUCAGGACUCUGCUGUCUACCUUCAUCUUAACAACAAAGGACACUCAUUUCAGGAUUGCAAUGUACGCAUUUUAGCCAGAGAGGAUCGUUGGUAUGAGCAAGGAGUUAAAGAAGCCAUUUUUGUCAACCUGGAACGGCCAUCACUGAACAGAGGUUUGGGUCUAAGACAUCAUUUAUCAGCCACCUACAAUGCACUCCUCAUUCCCCACACUCGCUACACACUCCAGAUCAACAUCUUGGGACGAAACCGGCUGUUUUCCAACGAUAGAGCUGUUACAGCAGUAUAG